AUGGCUCGCCAUGUGGCCUGGGAAAUCCUCUGUCGGUGGCGGAUGGCUAUGCCCAGCGCACUUUCCGGGAAGACGUCUGCUUUCCUUUCCACCAUCAGCGACGUCGAGGUAGCACCUACACAGCAUGCCGAAUUGACUGACAUUCGAAUGCGAGCGCUCAUCGGCUAA